AUGACCAACACCAAACUGCCGAUUCUGAACGUACAACAUACCUUUCCAGAGGUGAUCUCGGACGUUCGUUCUGGAGGCUUGCCACAAGACACCUUUUGGCUGUCAUGCUAUGGAGAUGGUCCAGGUAUCCACUCCAAAGUACGCGUCACCCUGGAUGAUAUCCAACGCGAUGUUGUGAAGCUCGAUGGCUCGUUGGGAAUAGAGAUCAAGGAGCAAGGCAAGAAUGUGAGCAUUGCCUUCUCUGGAUUUCCUUUGCAAAUCGCUCUUAGCAUCUCUCGUAGAAAUAUGCCGUGCAGUCCAGCCAGCACGGCAUUCAAGAGACUCUACUGUUGGUCCCCUCGCACCUAUAUGCUGACCCCAAUCGCUCGAAUCCACAACAUGCAACCGCACCGAAUAACAGCAUUUGAUGUUGCUCCCGAUGGUUCCCAGUUUGCUAGCGGCUUCUUGGACGGCUCUGUCCACAUUUACAACACGACUCCCAAGAUCCAGCCUGUCGAGACCGCGUUUGGUAAAAUCCACAAGAGCACCACCAGCUCUCUCCGAUUUUUCCCUUCGUCACGCGUUCUUCUCUCCGCCGGUGCCGAUUUCACUCUCUGCAUCCUCCCAGCAGAACCCUCGCCUUCUUCCAGCUCUUUGUCCGCUGUUCGCACACUUAUGGGUCACAAACGCGUCGUCACAUCGACAGCAAUAGUUUCGCGCGGCCGCAAUAUCGUUUCUGGAUCCCUAGACGGGACCAUUAGACUAUGGGACGUCUCUUCUGGAGCCCAAAUUCACUUAUUUACCACCGGUGGCGCCACCGGCCGUCUCGCACCAAUAACGGGCAUGAGUCUUGGCGAGCGAGGAGGGACAGUGCUGCCAAAUGCCCCAUCGGUUGCGAAUCCCGAUACCCGAGAAGUCGAAACGAGCGAUAAACUACUCUUCUGCGCCUUACAAACCAAGUCUUUUGAAGCUAUCGAUCUUGGCUCCCGGCAAACAGUCUUCAGCGGCAGCGCGACUGCCCCACUCUCAAGCAUAAGCUACUCACCAGAAAAUAGUCUGCUUGCAACUGGCUCCAACAAGGGAAUCGUCGAUGUCUACGACACCCGUGCCCUGAGCGAAGGCCGCGUCCUUGUGUCAUUCGCAAGAGGCAAUAAUCAAGCCGGCAUCGCCGACUUGCAAUGGGCCAACAACGGAGGCCAACUUCUAGUCGGAACGGAUGACGGCUUGCCAUUCAUCGCGUCUAUUGACAGCUCGUCUACUCCAAGAGUCGCGGGAGAGCUCGUUGGGACAGAUUGUGAUGCUGUUCGCUGUUUACGUGCGGCUGGCAAUAGCGUCUGGACUGCGGCAGAUGAUGGUGUAGUGCGGCGCUAUGACCAACUUUGGUAG